GGAAGUUGUUUCAGCUGCCAUGUUUGGUUGCUUUGUUGUAGGCUUCUACUUGGUUUCCUACAGAAUUACUAAGUGUGGAAAUGGAGCCGAGCUGGAGUACGUUUCUUUUUCAAGUAAGUUGACUCUUGGGGAGGGAAACCGGGAGAGCACGUGAAACAACCGUAAAAACGUAGAGACUGGAUGUUUAAGCGGCAAAAACAUAUUUUAAACGAGUAAUGCCAAGAUCUAGUAACCAAGCAAAACAAUGGUAUAUGAAUCCAGGCUUCCAGCUGUGAAGCUUGGGAAUGACGCUAGAACAAAAAAUAAUUUCUCACCAGCGUAUGUUUGAAAGAUUUGGCUUGUUUUCUCAUUGUACAAUUACUUAGACAAUGUGUGUUGGAUAACUCGACAGCCCUGGCGAUAUUUCAAGUUUGUUUGCCAAGUCGAUCCAGCAAAACAUGCGGGAUCAUUUUUGAAGUGAGGCUGGAGACGCCACCGCACCGUUACAACAGAGACAGACCUGUUUUUCACUGUGAUUGAGGGGCUUUGAUCGGACGCCAUGAGAUAAUGAGAGGGAAUUUCAUUGUAACGCGUGUAAUCCCGCCGGUUAUUUCUCAUUUGAAGUGCAUAAUGUUUGUGAGUUUGGAUAAGUAUCUACUUAUCUUAUCAACUGCUGAGAUUUACUAACGGCCACUCGCAAGUCCGCGGUGAACUUUCCGCUCGCCUCAGCCGGUGUUAUGACGAGUUGUGUUGCUUCGUCAAAACGCUGCCAUGGAGAGAAUCGACAGAAGGGGCUAUUAAUUGAUGUCAUUAUUGCUUAUUUAUGUACACACAGAGAGUGGCGUACUGUAAGAAUAAGAUGUUGGUGCUGUUAAUCUAUCACAAAACGUAUAAAGAUUUCAAGUGAAGCUUUUCUCAGUAGAUUUGCAUCCUCUUUCUAAUAUUGACUAAAUAAGUAGUGCUCUCCGUUUCCCGGGGUAUUGGGGGACAUGUUUUGACGGCGUAUUUCAGUAACCCUAUCUCAAUCCCAAGACAAGCGUUUCGCUGUGUUAGUAUGCUUCAUACUCCCAGCGGUGACAAGCGCCCAGAAUUGUGGUUUAGCGCAGGCGCAGUACUCUAAGCAGCACAUCUCCAUAGGAAGCACUUUCCGAUAGAACACCGGUUCGACAGUAACUAGCCAAGUUAGCUAACGAUGUUUAUUAAACUCGCUGGCUAACUCAGCUUAAUUUGGGCGAGGCUGUCGUAAUAAGCUUGCAAAGACAACGUUAUAUGAAUCCGUUACCGUGACUAUAACAUUACAGCUCUUUGUUUAUUAAGUAGCUAUUUAUUCUGGAGGACCGCGGCAGGAAAGGAAUUCAAACUAUGCGCACAGCAACAUCAGCUAACACUAGCAACCAAGAAGCAUAUUUGAAAUUAGCAACGACAUUACGCAAUGUGUAAAUCCAUUUUCAGCCAGAAAGAGUGAGUGCUGCAGUCAGGAGUGAUAUCUGACACGGUUUAGUGGCUUUUCACUGUGUUCUAAGAUGGAAGGCUAUUGUUCAGCGAAAUGAAUGAAAUGUUUAAUUCCCCUGGUCUUACUUGGCUUCAAAGACUAAGCCCCGUACAUGAAAAAUGUAGUUCUUUGGGGGGUGAGGUUAAGCUCAAAAUACUCAUUGUGUUGCCGCUUCACGUAUUGUAUUCUUUCACAGUUCUCAUUUUGUGUUUUUAAACCCCUCAAGAACUGUAAUAGUAUUCAACAAUUUAGCUUUUUCCUGGUGUUUUUUUUCUCAAGUUGUAACAGACAUCUAUCCUGCAUAAUAUCCAUAAAGUUAAACCCCAGUACGUGUGAGUGGGUGUACUAGACUCCUCAUGGGAAGAACUUCCUCAAUGAACUAGGCAACUGUACACUUCCAUUCACAAAAUACUUUUUAUAGAAUCUGCUUAAUUUAUUUAAAUAUACCAGAUGUCUUCUUAUAAUAGCCAUAUCUUGUUUUAACAGUCUAAAGUGUGCUGUAUAUAAGUGAAAAACAGCACAGAGUAGCAGCAAUGUAGGAAAGAAAAGAUGUACUUGCUGUGUUUGUUUAACGUUGUUGAGAGUAGAGGAGGAAUAAAUUACAACUAUAAUGGUUGCACAGUUUGGUUUAUUCCUCUCUGUAAAGCUGGCAAAGUUGUGUUUUUGAUAGUCCUUGCCUAUCUGUCUUCAAUGAAACAUGUUUACUGGGUAUCAUUUUGCACCUACUACACAGAUGAACUCACUGAAUACAUCAUAGCAGUGAGGAGGCAGAGAUGAAAAGUCUUGUGUUCAAUUCUUGUUUGGCUGCUGGAGUUGUUAUCAUAGCAGAAGACAAUAGAAAGAGGGAAAAACAGGCAGGGGAGCUUGAAUCUCCAGAAAAGGGUUGCAAGAAUUGAAUAUUUCUUAUUGAAGACAGUGGGUAAAGAUCUGAUUCCAACAUUACUUUUCCAAAGUUGUAAACAGGUGAGCAAGAGCUUCAGAGAGUAAGAAUAUUGCACUGUGAGAUGCUUUUAUCAUAUUGCUUUUAAUCACACGCACACUAACACAGCCUUUAAUAUUCAUCACCUGUUGUUGGGUAUUAGUGAUAUUUUGCUCUGCUGUCAGGCACUGAUUACUUACAUCUUUGAGCUAUUUCUUCCUGAGGCAGAUGGACAGUGUGGCGUGUUGUUGAGUGUCUGGCAUCCCGCCAGAAGCCUUGCAUGUAUUAUGUACCUCGCACUCUUACUGUGUUGAUCUCAUGUAAAUCUGUGUGCAGUGCAGUUGGCAUUCCAUUCACCCACCAGCCUCAGACUAAGUCUCUGUAGUGUCUUUAAUGCUCGAAAAUAUGUCCUUUCUUCUUUAUAAAUGCUGUUUUACUAAACUAAAUUGAAAAAUGAUGAUUAACAUAUUUUUGAUUUGAUACUCUGUCAGGCGUUUUAAAUCCAUAUUGUUGUGUAAAUUAGCUUGAAAAUCAUCAUAAGUGCAGCUGUAUCUUGAAUUUUAUAAUAAUAGAGAAAUGUUUUAGGAGAAAAAGUAAUAAUCUGCUUGGUUAGAGUAAAGAUUUCCAGCUUAUGUGUUUUUAGAGUUCUUUGCCACUGGAUGCUAGGCUAUUCACCAGUUAUAUGAGGAGUUGACCCACCAUAUGGACAAGAGUCCAAUUUGUUUGCCGCCUCAAUGUUAGCAGAAGACAGACAACGUAAUUUAUUGUUUUACGCAGCUGAUUCUGACUGGUUCAAGGAAGACCAGCACAGCACAUCAAAGACAGGGCACUCAGUUAUUUCUACUCCAUGAAUCCAGAGUUGUUUAAUCAUGUUGUUUGUGCACCCUCCACCUUUAGCGGACAGGGCACCGAAUCUUGGAAUUGAAAUAAAAAAAAUUUAACAGUUACAGGAGAUUCGGAAUGUAACUGAUUUCCAGUUGUAGUGGAACGUCAGAAUUUCUGAGUUCUUAGCAGGAAAUUCAUCUGGAAUGGCCCCUUGAAGUCAGAUUUCCGACUCGGAAAGUCAGCCGAUCCUCACCGACCCCGACUUGACCACGAUGUCAUAAUCCAAGAUAGCAGCUCUGUGCAUCAAUAGUAAACAGCAAUAGUGAAAGCUCUCGUAAUGUAUUAUUUACUAGCACUUCUGUUAUGUCUUUGUAAAAUUAAGUAGGUGGUGUAGUGCUGCCCAACGUCUAACUGUGGACAUGGUGCUAUGGUGUUUUUAUGUGUAAAAUACUGUGUUAUGUGUUGUUGUCAACUAGUAUUGUCAACAAAAGCUAACCAUGAUUAAAAACCAUAGACAUAAUACUAAAAACAACUAACAAUGUCUCAACGUUACAGCAUUGGGUGUCCAUCUUGGUAUCCAAGGUAAAAUCCAAGGUAACUGGAACGCAGUGACCAACAUAACCCAACAUUUGUACCCUAAUUUGUUCAGGCCUUACUCCAGGAAAUAUAUUGAGGUCUCCAAAUAAAUAUGUGAUGUUUUUUUACCAUAAUGUCAUGGAUUCAGUGUAAAAUCUAAAAACUGUUUUAAUAUUUGACAGUUGACCAAUUGAUUUUACUCAAUUUGCUCCCUAAGUAUACUCUAAAAAGGCCUUGUGCCAGGAUUCAAGUCUUUUUUGCAGGACUCAGAAGCCCUCUCUCCCUAUUUUGAAGGCUUAAAAAAACAUAUGAGGGACAGUUAAGAAUAGUUUCCUGGUCUGAAAGAGACAUUUAAAUAACAAAAUGUCUUUUCUAGUUUGGUAUUUUGAGUGUUACUGGUGAAUCAGUUUUGUAAACUACGUCUCUAAAAGAGUCCCGGUGAGUCAGCAUGUACAAUAGGGCCCUUAAACGGGCUCACCUAAAUGGAAUGCAGCUUUUUUUUUUUAUGUCACUAAUUACAUCCGUGCAUUUCCUGUCAUGACAAGCAAAAUCUUGUGCUUUGAAGAGGGCCUUCUAUUUUCAGGGCUGUAGUCAUUAUACUGUUUAAACAAACAAAAGCUGAUGACGUUGGACUUUGAGGGAAUAUCACAACGCAGUACAGAUUCACAUUUUAACACCACUUUGCACAUGUUUACUUGUCACAAUGUGCAUUUUAUACUUAAGGGGCUGUUCUGGCAAAAAAAAAAGAGCCCUUGAAAUAUUUGUGUAGAGAUUUCAAGUUAGUAUAUGUGAUAAGUUUUUGUGUUUGUAUGUUUUUCCAAGUCACUGCAGUGAGGUUAAAAAUACUAGUUCCUUGUAUUCCAUGGAAAUAUUCACCGUUUGUGUUCAUGCUCAUGAAGCGAGUUAAGAAAUUUGACUUGUUUACUGAGAUGUUGCACCAAUAAGAUGCUGCAAAGUUGCUUUAAAACAUUAUUUAUCAACUUGCAAAAUUCUAGUGCAACAUAAGUGCUGACAGCUUCCCGUGUGACGCUCAGCUACAUUUGCCAGUCAGCACUGAACUAAUGAAAACCAUGGAGUCAUCUGAGGGGGUUUUAGAUACUCAUACGCAUCUCUUUUUAACAGUUGACUGUGUGUUCCAUAUUAGAGUAAUCAUGUCAGUGCACAUGGGAAUAUAAAUAUCAAUUUGAGAUAUUUUUUGACAGACCCAAAUCUGUUGAUAAUAUCUGCAGGCUAUUUUGUGGGUAGCUGUUUUUCACCAUAACCGUGGUGCCAAAAAAUUAUUAUUUUUUUUCUUAUGAGAGAUCUGUUGUAUAUCAUUUGAUGGUGUAGUGCAACAUGUUGCCUCCUCCUCUAUGUCCUGUUUGUUUUUCUCAGUGCAGAACGUUGUCUUACAAUCAUAUUUGCGUGCCAAAUGCUAAGUGUUUGCAGUUCAUUUCGAUCAAAAAAGCCCCCCAGAAAAAAAAAAGAUUUUAAACAGCAGGAAAACCCUACUGCUUGGACAUGAUUUUUGUUGCUUGCGAAGUUGUUUUGUAUGAAUUUUACUGCUACUGGGUGCCAACACUCUAGGAGGUUUGGGCUCAUUUUAUUUAAACAGGAAACACUGUAAAAAAAUGCUCAUACCACCGAUAUGCAUGUUGUAGUCCAUGCCAAGGUGAAAAAGUUAAUAGAUCAAAACAUCCAUCUGAAGAUGUUACUCACGAACCUUGGCAAAAUAACAAGAAAACUUGCCACCUACGCUAUUAACAAGCACAGCAUUGAUUUCCUGCAGGUUUGUAUGCUUUACAGUUUAUUGAAAAAUCCAGAAAGAUGACAAACAUCACUGAAGUGAUGUUUUGAAAGAGCUUGGUUUAGUUUGCUAAGGCCUAGUGUCGCAGCCAGAAACUUCAGAACUUGUAAACAAGAGAGGAAAAAAACUCAAACUUCUGGGCACGUAUCUGAAAACACAUAAUUUUUUAAAAGUUCUGUUCCUGUUCAGUAUGAUCGUUAUUCAUUCCUCUUGCUUUGUGUGAUCAAUUAGAGGUUCUUGUACAUUUUGUAAAUAGUGGAUUUUGGCAAGCAGCUGUAGAGUGUGACACAAAAGACUUCAGUAAAGACAGUGUCUAAUCUGACUCAGACCAUGAGCACAAUUCGAGUCUACAGUGGCCCGUGGAGCCAUCGGGACACUCCCUCCAUUUUGAUGUUAUUUAUGAGGGAGCAGCCCCAGUUGUCAGAGCGCAUUUGUGUCAAAAUGGUCAGAGCUGCAUGAAGGCACAGCAGCUUACAGGCUCUGCACCUCUGUAGACGCAGGCCGUCUGCAGCAGCUCUGUCUGCUGUUCACAGGCUUCACAAAGAGGGUACCCGGCUCAUACCCCCCACCCCCCAACCAACCCAAACAUAAAGCCCUCCUUCCAAAACCCUUGUUGUGCCAGCAGACUGGCAUGAUGAUGACUAAUCCUGGAAGGUGGCAAGUGUGAGCAGGUGCUUAGACAAAUGGAUGGGUGGGCUUGGUGGCAUUUUCUACCGAGUUCCCAGGUCCCAUUGCAUACGAGGGAAUGACGUUGAGUUUGGUUGAGCAGUGUGUGGAUAAACAAUGUCCCUGUCUCAUGAAUAGAUGAGCCAAAUCAAUGAAGAUGAGCAUACAAAGCUCCCCUGCUGAGGCAUCACUGCUCAGAUUUGUGUCUCUCACAAUGGGCUAGAUGACAUAAGGAGGACAUUGUGUGGUUCAUUUUUCUUCUCUAUCCGCUGCCUCCUCUUUUGCAACUCCUUUCUGGGCCGGCCUUGUGCGAUGGAUGAUUGAACCUCAAAGGGAAAGGUCAAGCAUUUCACCUUGCCCUUUCUUGCUUGUGGUUGACAACAUGGUUGUCUUGGUUGUGUCCGUUCGCCAAAAACAACAGUGUUAGCUACGAUACAAAACAUUUCAUAUUGAAGAAAAGUGAUAUCAGAGCAUUAACUAUUAUCUUACAAGUAUGUAUUUUUUGUGGCUGUUGCCUACCUGAAAGCUGUUUGAUAUCUUCCAAGUAAUAAAAGAGGAAGAAAACAUUAAUGAUAGGACAGGUGUAGUUCUGAGAGAUUUGGACCAAAAGAAAACUGCAGAGACUUUAUCAGCCAUCAACAAGUCCUGUAUUUCGGAAAAAUAUGAGUUAAGGUCCUUUCACAGUGGUACCGUUUUUAUUGUGCGAUUAUUUCGGACGACAGUAUUUUUUUCCGAACUCGUAUCCUGUCAAUACAAGCGUUCACAUCAGCGACAUUUUCCCGUCCUGCGAUAUUGCGGCAUUUAUUUUUUCUGAUCACGGUCGAUUUUUCUAAAGUUUUGCAUACUGCGUGUCCACUUCUGACCAAUCAGAUUGCGUGUUGUUGGAAAAUCUGAUUCAUCGGUAUAUCCAACAUGGCCAGCAUCGUUUAUGUGUCGGAGAACAGAGUGCUUUUUGAUAAUAAACACAAACAUUACAAAGAUAACGACUUGAAGGAUAGUUUGUGUGCUUCAACAGUUUGCUAAAUGUCUUUUUUUUAACUUUCAUCUGUGCUAAGUAACUUGAGCUCGUAUGCUAACCUGUUCAGAUACAACGUACCAUAUGAAUUUUUACUGUCUCAAACUCAAUCGCGUUGCUGUCACAGCACCAUUAGGUCUCGGUUGUUACCUUAUGUUUAUGGAUUAUAAACAUAAGGUUUAUUUGCGUUGGUGUCGGUGUGUAAGGACCUUGUAAAGUGAGAUCAAGCACAAACUAGCUUACCUUAGACUACAACCAUGCACAGAGAGGAAGACACCCAGGGGAAGGUGGUGGGGGCGCGGUGUGAUUAAUCUGUCAGUACUAAAUACAAGUUAGUUGUACUAAUCUAACCUGCUACUACUUAUCUUAUGUUGUGAUUGAGGGUGGUAUAUGUUUUAACUAAGGUAAAAAGCAGGUCCACAUUUAUUUAUCUUCGUUGAGGAAGGCUGAGAUGGGUGCUGUUACACUGUUUCACACAUAACCCUCAACAACACGACCCUCAAGAGUCCGAAAUAAAUCCAGAAAGCAGGUUUUCACCUCUAAAUGUGCAACAAGUCAUCUGAGCUAAUAGCUGGCUUGAGCCUCAACUGACUGCAUGAGAAAGUUGUGAAAGCUGGUUAUUAUACCUUGGCCCCCAUCCAGUCCCUGAUAUGUACACAUGCUCAGUGGGAAAACUGAGCUUGUUUACUCGUGAGAUAAUUGUCUUAUUUAUGUUUAAGGUUCAGACGUUUUUUUUUUAUUUUUAUUUUUUUGCAAACGCUUAUAUUGUGAUGUUAAUUUUACAGCUUUAUUUUGUUUUGCAUAAAUAUGGCAAAAAGUCAUGUCUGCAACAGCUGCAUAGUAGCCUAUCAUUUGAACACUUUCUGCUUUUUUUUAUGCACCAACCCUAAUAAGAAACAUGUCCAAACAAAUUGCGCAUUUUCAUUCUCCUCUAAAACCUCUGCCGGGUUUAUUCCAGUAGUUUGGUGAUGAGAAAAAUUGUGGAGUUUCGGGUCAUGACUGUGGCAAGAGUUGUGAAUUUUGUGUGACCUCCUCCUCACUGGGAAGGUUCGUCAAAGUUUACCUCCAGAGGGAAAUCCAAUCUAGACACAAGUUGUUGCUACUGCUAAUUGCACUCGGCCACUUCACCCCCAUUUGUGUUGUGGCAGCAGUGGGCAUUUGUGUGCAACCACAAAACCCCGAUAACACAAUGUGGGAGGCCUUGUUGUUUGUCUGGUUUACUGACCUGUAUUUUUCUAUUGUGUGUGAGUGUGUGUAGUGUGUGAGUGUGUGUACAUGAAUUCCUUUACUUCUCUAUGUCUUCUAACUGAGCACUGCAGUUGAGCCAACGGCCUGCUGUUUGGAGCAGACUCUGUUUGUGCCUCUAAUUUGGUGUGCUUGCUUUGCAGUAACAUGAUGAAUCAGCACAGUCAUGAUGGGAUCAUUUUUCAUGCAGUACAUUUUGCAUUAGUGGCAUGCUGCGUCAACCCGUUUAUGACAGAUCCAGGGCCCAUUUAGUAACUCAUAAAAUCUCAGUAACUCUUGGUGUUUUUGUAGACUUGCAAUUUAUAUGCAGACGUUGUAAGGUAAACAUGCAGUGGGUUUAUUUUAGAGACUACAACCCCCUAACACGGAGGCGCCUUUUAAAUGAUAAGUAUACGUUCACGUUUUUGUAUUUGAGCUGCGUCAGUGCUUGAAACUCUGGAACUCGUCAAAAUAUUUAUCUGUGUUGGUGUGUUUUUGUUUCACCAGCAGGCCAAUGAAGCUCUCCACCACCAGCACCAGGUGGCCCAGAACAGCCUGCUUCCACUUCUCAACGCCGGAAAUGAACAAGUUGACCAGAAGCCCAUCCUACCCAUCCAAAUAGACCAGAAGCCCCCUUCCAGUGCCGCCGAUCUCCUCAAGGACAAUGUGGCUAGUGGAGGAGGUGCACGGCUACCAGUGCCUGUCAUAAAGAAGGAACACAAAGGAAAGACACCUUUCGUUUGCGGCUACUGCAACAAGGCCUUCCGUGAUAGUUACCACCUGCGGCGCCAUGAGUCCAGCCACACGGGUAUCAAAAUGGUGUCACGGCCAAAGAAAACGGCCCAGACGGCCCCCACCAUGGUACCCAUGAUCUCCACUAUGCCAAGGGAGAACAACGGCAACCCUUCCUACAUCUCCACAGUAGCGGGCAUCCUUUCCACAGCAACCACCUCAGUUUCUUCAAGUAUCAUGACAUCGUCGGCGAUGGGGAAUGUGCCGCAGCAAAAUGUGCCCAAAAAACCAGCCAAACCUGUUAAGAAAAACCAUGGCUGCGAAAUGUGCGGCAAGGCCUUCCGCGACGUCUACCACCUGAACCGCCACAAGCUGUCCCACUCGGACGAGAAGCCGUUCGAGUGCCCCAUCUGCCAACAACGCUUUAAAAGAAAGGACAGGAUGACCUACCACGUCCGCUCUCAUGACGGAGGAGUCCACAAGCCCUAUGUUUGCUCAGUGUGUGGGAAAGGCUUCUCCAGGUAAACCAUGUUCAUAGUGCUGCCUAGUGUUGUUGUCCUAAAACAUUGAGACUAUUUAUAGCAAUCCUCAAGAUGUGUUAUCUGCUGCAUGUGGUAACUAGUUUAUUCCCAAUUCAAGAGUGAAAAUAAGCACACUCCAGCUGGGAAUAAAGCUUUCCCUCAUUAUCUUUUGCCUCUUUUCUGUGCGCUGUCAGGAACACUGGUCAAAGGGAGUCAAACCCUGCAUUGGACGGCUGCGAAGCACUAGCAAUAGAUUUCAUGGGGGGAUAACAUUACCCGUUUCGAAUGUCUUUGUAUGUUCCCCAUAUAGCUCUGAAGGUGACAGAAUAAGUUGUUGUGUGCUCUCCUUAGAGCAAUAGUAUUAAGGUUUCCAAACUUCUUCUCAUUAUGGUUUGAGGCUUUCCAUGAAAAUGUUUUAUUGGAUUGUUUUCUAAGCAUUUCAUGCCUCCAAUACAGAACAUGAAGCAGGUUACAGACAAGUAGCAUGACACCAGUUUGGUAUCAUACCAAUGCCAUAGGUUUGUCUGGCAUGUAGUUGGGUGUUUCUGUGUGGGCCCAUGAAUCCCUCCAAAUGAAAGUCUGCAGUAAAUCAGGAAAGGCUUGCAACUCUUCCGCAUGUAUACGCAAGAGAAGUUUAGAAGGAGCAGCAGGAAAGUUGCACGAAACUGAUGAGACAAUGGAGCAGAUGCAAAAAAAAAGACUCCUCAAGUUUAUUGUACUAGAAACAAGGCUUCUGUAAACAGGAAGCAUGCUUCUGAGAUGGUUGUUUUUUAUGGUCAGUGAAGUAAGACAAAGAUGCACUCUAGAGUCAGAGAAAAAAGGGUUUGCUUGUUUGUGUGGAAUUACAACAUCUAAAAGAAGAAUAUAACUGUUUAUAAUCACCAAACACACAUAACCAAAUACCCCUCAGUAAUUUAGGCUUGGCUAUUGCUGUGUGUUUGAUAAAAUAGAAAAAGUUAAUACUGUAUUUGAUGCCUAUCUCUAUAACUCAUUAUAAAUAUAUGUACAAUGCUUUAUAAUCACGUUACAGCACUGUAUAACUAUAGUUAUAAACACUCAUAAAUGAUCAUAAUGCUUUGUAGCAAUAAUCAUAACACAUUAUAAAGCAUUUUAUCAUGACUUACAACGUCAGGCAUUAUACUGUUGUUAACAGUACACAAUGCAACUGUUGUUAACAGUUUUAACACAUUAUAAUACCUGACCUUAUAAGUCAUGAUAAAAUGCUUUAUAAUGUGUUAAGAUUAUUGGUAUGAAGCAUUAUGAUCAUUUAUGAGUGUUUAUAACUAUAGUUAUACAGCGCUAUAACAUGAUUAUAACGCAUUAUAAACAUAUUUAUGAUGCGUUACAGAGGUGUCAAAUAAAGUGUUUCCAAAAAAUCAUAUUUAUUACAUUUCUGACAAAUCUGUUGACUAUUGAAUAACCAUAUUUAUAUUUUUGCAGUCAAUUUGAAUCUUUUUGUUAGUUAUUACAAAGAGAGGUUUAAUGUUGCUGCAGUCAUUAGUCACUACAUUUCUUCUGUUCAGCGCAACUAGCAUGUUGCUAAUAGAAUGACUUGCAUGUGAAUAAGGUGCAGUUCCACUCUGUGAUCGUACAUAGAGGAAUUACUAUAUUGACCUCUCCUGUUCAUCUAGCUCACCAGAAGCUGCGUUCUUACAUGUAUAGUGUAUGUGGCAGUUUAGAAGUGUACUCGUGUUGACCCCAUGCGCCAUUUCAACCACAUGUUUAAACAGUCGCACAUGGGAGAGCAUCAGUGGUCGAGGAGAACCAAGGGAGGGGGAGGCGUCACUUGUCACUUUGCGGUUCCCGCCAGCAUGUCACAGAUUCUCGUUCCCCUGGGAAUGCAGUGAACCGUGCUGUAAUGAUCAGGUCAACACACUGACUAUGAAGUAAACACAUAUUUUGUUCAAGAUGCUCUGGUUUUCAUCAAUACUCAGAUUUUAUUACACAAACUUUUAAAUGAGCCAGAAUCGAUGUCAAUUUUCAUGGAGUGAGCAGGGGUUGAAACAGCAUGAGAGGACUUGGGUGCUGCAACACAACUUCAACAAAAACAUCAGCUGUAUACCCAGGCCAAGCUGUAACAUUAGCUCUGUGCUGUGCAGGGCAGUUUUAGGCAUGCCUCCAACACUGUGACGUGGGGUAGGGAUUCAUCGGCAUACUGGAAAGUGAGAAUGGGGACUGAAUAACAGGGCACUGAGUCACUGCCACUCAGCCAAAUACGUAGACAGGCACUGUCUACAGUCUGCUCCUCUUGUUAGUGGGACAAAAAACAGAAAAGAAAAGGAAAGGGGGGAAAACUGAUUCCGGUUCACAGCACCAGUGAGGAGACUCCACUUGGCUCCUCUCGUUUCUACUUGAAAAAAAAAAAACUCAGCAGCAUGAAGCUUUCCGGUUUGGGAGCAGCUGCCAGGGCUGUAGCUCUUACUCACUCCAUUAUGACACUUCUAACAUGAUUCAGCUCACAGCUUCACUAGAACUAACAAGCUGACAGAGGAGGAGCAGUGCCAAGACGAUUUUGUGAAUGCUGGAGUUUCACUGUAAAGGUCAAGAGGCAAAGAACUGUUUUCUAGCCUCUGCUGAUAAGCAGGGAACUGUAACUUAGACAGUACAGGACGGGAAUGUGUUGCCAUCGGUGUUUGACAUUUGUGAUAUUGAGGUUCAAAUCAAGAUACACAAGGACCUUUUAAGCUCUUGAAAAACUAAGGGGAAUACUUUAUUAGUAAAAAAAAAUGAGGGCCAACAAGUUAAGGAAGUUUGCCAGUCAAUGACAGGGCCCUGUUUUGAAAAUCUGAUUGAUAUUUUGAUUGAUUGAUGCAAGACUUUCCGACAUGGGAUUUUUAUACUAUGUUUGUUGAAAAUAUAUUAUUUCCUUACUUAGAUAUUUAUUGGCUAGAAAUUUAUUUGGUAGCUAAUAAAGAACAAACAUGAUUAGAAGAGGUGGGAGAAAAACUCGAUCCAGCAUAGUACCGCAAUAUUUUAUCUGGUGAUAUAUCGUCUCAUAUAGCAAGUAUCGAUUUUUUCAAAUUAAUUGUUAAUAUGAAGUCAAAUCUAUGAAAAUGGAAAAAUAAAAUCAACUGUUUGCCCAGUGAGGUUGGCAGAGGUGAAUAUAACACCACCUGGGGAAAGACAUUAGAAAUGCAAGCAGGGCACAAAUGAGAUGGACCUGACACAUAAGGUUUGCAAGAUGUGUUACAUGAAAUAAAUUACUGUGUAAAUAAGACAAACAAAGAAAAACUAAAUGCUUAAUUAGUUUUGAAUGGCAAUAUAUUGUAUCACAAAACUUGCUGUGUAGCAAAAUGUUAAAAAUCGCAAUAAUAUUGUAUCGUGGCCCAAGUAUUGUGAUAAUAUCUUAUUGUGGCCAAAGUAUCAUGAUAAUAUCAUAUUGUGGCCCAAGUAUUGCAAUAAUAUUGUAUCGUGGCCCAAGUAUCAUGAUAAUAGCGUAUUCUGGCCCAAGUAUCAUGAUAAUAUCAUAACGUGGCCCAAGGAUCUUGAUAAUAUCGUAUCAUGGCCCAAGUAUUGUGAUAAUAUAUCGUGACCAAAGUAUCAUGAUAAUAUCUUAUCGUGGCCCAAGUAUCAUGAUAAUAUCAUAUCGUGGCCCAAAUAUCGUGAUAAUAUCGUAUCGUGGGGCCACUGGUGAUUCCUACCCCUAAUAUACAGACUAAUCAGUUGAUGUCAAUGCUAAAUGUCUCUGUAGGUUCUCAUUCAUCCAGGUCAUAGUUAACUGAUUCUUCCUCAAACAAGUUUAGUUGCCCUUUACAUGAAGAAUUGGAUCUCAAUGCUAAAUAGAUGGCAGAUGUGAACAAGAGCUAAUCACCAAACUUGAUUUUGUGAUGCAGACAUUAUCAUGCAAAGUUUAGCGAGAAAGCAUGGCAUAUAAGAAUUGUGCAGCAUCGUGGCAGUUGAACUGAUUUCUCACUCUCAUCUGUUUAAAAGUCUCUCAGUUGUUGGUCAGAGUGCGGUUAUUAACCCCUUCCCUGCGUUGACAAAGUAGAGUUUACUUUGUGGCCUACUUAUUCCUCUCCUAAUCCUCAGAGUGGGAUGCUGCUCAAAUUUAGUGGAAGGAAUUAAGCAAUUUCUUGGGAAUUUUCGGUUACAUUCCCAUCAUGCAAGUAAGGCUACAGCCAGAUAAACAGAGGUAUCAUAAUGAAAAGCAGUGCUUUCAUUAUUUCCGAAAGCUUUUGAAAUAUGUACAAGUUGACCUCAUCAAUGCGGUGUGUUUUUGAAACUAGGUCAUUCUUGCUCAUGCACGAUUGAUCCUGCAGAAUUAAUCGCCAUUGACUGAAUUUUGGAUUUUUGUCCUCAUUUGCUCAUUAUCGGAGCAGACAAGGCACAUCAAUAUGUUUCUGCACUUUUGCACUUGAAAUGUGAAGAAAAGGUUGUACAUAACGCUUGUAUUUAGCGCUUGAACGCUCUCAUGGAUUAUUGUAAGUUACAUGCUUGUAUAAGUUUUUCAUCAACUUGCAUUUUUGCGUUUCUGUGCAAGUGACCGUUAGAUGUUAAGUCGCGUCACUCUCCUUAACCGCUGCACAUAACUUAAGCUGAUACUGACAAGGACCUGCAUUGAUAAAUUACUAAAAAGGCACUACAUGUUGUCUUGUAAUCAAGUGUAUAAUUGUCUCUGGAAAAGCUGUAGUUGAUGAGUGUUGUUGAAGGUAAUCAUCAAUCUAAAUCUUGAUUUGUUCUUCUGUCAUGCAGAGUGACUCCUAAACUCACAGAGCUUCCUGCUUUACUGUUCUAAGUUUAGACGUGUGAUUGUUUCUUUUCUUAUUUUCUUAAUCUAGGCCAGACCACUUGAGCUGCCAUGUGAAGCAUGUGCAUUCUUCAGAGAGACCCUUUAAAUGUCAAGUAACGGUAAGACUUGUUGCUUUUUACAUUCAGAAAACUGUUAUUGUGAAGUGGUGGUAGUGGUUUUUUUUUUGUCGUUCUGCACUGAGCUUUGUCCCUUCUCCGUCGUGGGGUUGCAGGCCUGUACCUCUGCUUUCGCCACCAAAGACAGACUGCGCUCCCACAUGAUCCGACAUGAAGGCAAAGUCACCUGCAGCAUCUGUGGAAAAAUGCUCAGUGCGGCCUACAUCACCAGCCAUCUGAAGACUCACGGCCAGACCAACUUUAACUCCUGUAAUAAAGGUACAUUUUACUUGAAAAAAUACACACGUACAACAUGAAGGUGUUAAUAUUCCAACAUGACCUUAAUCAAGGAAGAGUCCUGGACAAGCUUCUCUUCAAAUACCGUGUUUUUGGGACUAUACGGCGCACUUAAAAUCCUUAAAUCUUCUCAAAAAUUGACAGUGCAUCUUAUAAUCCAGUGCGCUUUAUGUAUGAUUACUUGUUGUGACCGAUUUUAUGUGGUACAAUGCGCUCAAAAAUCUGUCGAAAUGUGUUAGUACGACUUUGAUAAGCAACGACAGUACGCUGUGUCUCUACCUGAUCGGCCUCGUAACACAGUCUACAACACUACCCGACUGUAAUGUGUAAACUAGAAGUGUGUUCAUGUAAGGCAGCCCGGGCGCCAAUUUUUUUUUUGCAGGACGGUAGGGGAAAGUCCCGCCUCCUUCGCCUCUGAUUGGCUAAAAAAGCUGGAAACGUCAUCACACACUCAGGCCAAACAUGGGCUGUUGGCUCUGUCCAUUGAACAGAACAUUACACAACAUUAUCACACUUCUGAAUCGGUGUUGUUUUUGUUGACAAAAAUUUUUCGUCAACGCCCCCUUUUUUUCCACGACAAAGACGUGACACUGACAAGCUAAACAUAAGUCUUAGAUGACUAAAAUGUGACGAGAUGAAUGUGCGUUUAUGUUGAUGAGACGAGACUAGACGAAAACGUUAGUGGUGGACGAUGGACAGAGUUGCAAAAUUCAUGAGCAUUUCGUCAGCUAAAACGCUAAACAUUUAUUCUGACAAUGACUUCGUCAACGAAAACAACACUGUUCUGAAUCUCCUAACCCUCAUCCUUAUCCUAACCCUAACCCUAGCCAAUCAGAGGCAAAGGAGGGCGGGUCCUUCCCCUACAAAACCAUCCUACAAAAAAAAAAAAAAAAUUUGCAGCCCAGGCCCGGAGUAGGCGCUAGCAACAAUAAACCAGUCAAUGCUUAAUGCGCCUUACAAUCCGGUGCGCCUUAUGUGUGAACAAAGACACGUUAAUUCACAGUGCGCCAUAUAAUCCGGUGUGCCUUAUCGCUCAAAAAAUACGGUAACAAUAUUUCCUGAACUGUUUUUGCAUUUUAACCUUUGCAGUUGACACAUUUGGCUGCCUCUUUAUUUAACACCGACAACCGACUCUUGUGUUGAUGCAAAACUCAAGCUAAAUCCUUUUUCUUUCUUGUCCAGAUGGCAACGAAGUCUGCAACUCUGCCUCAGCUACACCUGUGACCAUCUCUGCCCCCAUCACCACAGCAAUGAACCGGGGCAUCCAGAACAACCCUGUUACCAUAGCGGCACAAAUGAACAUUAGCACCAACACAGUCAACAUCACAUCUCCAGUGAGCCUCCAGCACCCAGUCACCAUCACCGGACCCGUCAACAUCGCAUCCGUCAACAUCCCUGCCACGGCACCGAUGAAUAUCGCCCACCCGGUCGCAAUAACCACCCCCAUGCCUAUGAAUAUGGCUGGCCCCAUCAACAUCGCCAUGAGGCCCGUGGAUAGCAUGUCCUUCCUGUCCCAAGUCUUGCCUUCUUCCCCACCCUGGUAAAAAAAAAAAAGGAGAGCAAGAAAGAGAGAGAGAAAGAGAGUGCUGUGAACUGGACAGAACGAAAGGGAAAAAUGAAGUAAAACUAGAGACUCCUGUCCUCAUCAAUUGCACCUCGAGCCCAGGUUCUUUCUUCCCCAGAACCACGUUUACUUCAUGAAACCCUGAAGUGAAUAUUUGCAUGAGCUGUGCGGCCGGUAGCCCCUCCAAGUCACUGCUACGUCCCAGCUUAGGAAGAGUGGCUGAAAAAGGCAGAAGACUUGAGUAGAAACCAAGUAGGAGUUAUCUUGAAAUCAGGACAACAGUAAGACUUAGAGUAGGCAAUUAGAGAGAUGAAACUGUGAUUUGUAUCAUAAGGAAAAGACAGAAGAAGAGAGGAGAGGAGGACUCAGUAGGAAAAACACACCUGUGCUUUUACAAAAGGGAGAUGAGACAUGGACUGAAGCAAUAACUCUGAAUUGCUGUUUUUGAUGUUUUACAAGGUUCUCUCCCAAAGCCUCUGGGUGUUUCUUUGUAUGUUGUUUUUUUUUUUAACUAUAGCCUGCUUAUCACUAUUUAAUGUAAUAGGAAAUGAGUCUAGUAAAAGGGACAGCAGCUUCCACUUGCAUGGAAGAAUAUUUUUCCACAGUGCUAUAGCUUUUUUUUUCCUUCUCUGAUAGUAGGUAUGCUCUUGAGGUACAGUGACUAACUUGUACAGUUGACAUAGUAAUGUAUUUUCAUGUCAGCAUUUUAACUUUUUUUUUUUUUUUUUCUUUUGCUUUUGUCAUUCAAGUGGAUAUCUCACCAGUGUCCUCUUGAUAAUGAAAUAUUUGUCCUCUGUUUUUUUCUACUCGCAUGGAAACGCAGAGGUUUGUUUUUACUUUGCCUAUUUGUUGUGUUGAUUUUUUUUUUCCAUUAAGUCAGAGUGGAGUGAGUCUUGCACUGAAAGCAUAUCCUACACACAGGUGGACAGCAGUAUUAUCAAAGAACAAAUUGGAGUCUUAGGUGUUUUGGUUAGCAUGCCUGCGCUUGAGAGCCAUCUAGUGGCUGACCAUGGAAAGGCCUGGCCUUGUAGUGAAGCUUUUUCAUGCUGUUGGUCAUCAUCACGGUGACUACUUAAUUUUGUCUGACUCCUCUGUACACUGUUUCUUUUUGUAUCUUUAUCUGUUAUAGCCCCGGGAUUAUACUUAUGACCCCUCACUCAGGAAAAACAUAUACAAGCCCAUUACUCAUAAAUUAAGAUCCUUUUCAAGUUAAUUAUAUCUAUUAUGUAUCUUUACUUCUUUCAUAUUCUUUUUUUUAGAUUUCCUAAUCAUUUGGCAUCAGAAGACUUGACUAGACUUCCAACAGGGACAUGAAGUCCAGCAUUUGAUUUUAAAACAUAGCCGUCCAUUGAAAUAAUCAUGUACUGUGCAAUGGCAUACAUGCUGUAACUUUUGACCUUUCCUUAAGUUCAGUUCCAGGCCGCAAGGAAAAGUGGCUGCGAUCUGAAAGAGUUUGAUGAAAUGCAAGUUUGUGCCCAUAGGAAAAAAUGGGACAAUAUUGAUGUUGCAUGACCCCAAACACUGUAGCUGUUGAACAUGAAUUAUUUUUUUAAGAAUGCCAUGUUAUCUGAAGAACAGUGUUGCAGCUCUUGGAGUUGAUUCAGUGUAUAACUGAGAAAUGCAAUAUGCAUGUUUGUCAUUUUCCCAAGUUUUGUUUUGAAACAAAAAUGUUAGUGUAGCUUUUUAUUUUAUUUUUCAUGUUCUUAUGCAUUUAAGUAGAUACACUAUGAUAGCCUGUUUGCCAAAUUUGAUACAAUAUAAUGUGAUGAACUGAACAUUUCAUGUGGAAUUGAACAUCUCUUUAUUUUUAAGGAAAAAAAAAGAUAAUUGGAAAUUCCAGGACCCUUGUGAAAGCAGUUGAAUGUAUAUCUUUGUACAAAACUAUUUUAGUUCCAAGGAUAAGGUAGUUACGAUAGAUGUGAAAGAUGAAUAACCUUUUUUAUAAAUCUUUUGUAUUAGAACAUUAACAAUGGUAAUUUUGUAUAUAUGAGAGGCUAGGCUUUCUGAUUAGCAGAAAGGUCAAACAUUCCUACAUUUUUUUUAAAUGUAUGUUUGUCAAAUUAUUACAUAAACAUGCGCAAUGUUAUGUGCCUUUUAUUUGGGUUGUCUAAAUAAAAGAAAACUAUCAAAUGUUUUUUUUUCUGUGUUUUUAAUGAUACAACUGAAAAUCACUUUUUUUUGUUUUUUAUUUGCACACAAAAUAUUUAACAAAAAAAAAAAAAAAACCUCCAGCAUCAUUAAAAAAAGUUAAAUCCGCUGUAGAGAAACCCAAGAAAUGUACAAGUCUUACAGGAUAACCUUUGUGGACAGUUUCCAUGUUUGAAGUUUUAUAAGAACUUCAACACAUAGCUGCGAUACCUUACAGUGCUUGAACAAUCUGUUCACAAAGCCAAACCCAAAAGAUGUUUCCACAGUCCUACAAAAUAAAAGCAUUGACGCAAGUUGAAGAGAAGCACAUCUUUAAAGCAAACUAAUGUGUGCUACGAUUCAGUCUUAACCUGUUUGAUACUUUGGGCUACUUAAACUCAUUAUACACGCCCCACAGCUACAUGUUUGAAAUGACACUACUGUUUUAUACAAGUUAUAGUGAACAGUACUAUAUAUUCAGGACUUUGGAUGACUGACGAUUUUAAUCUUUUGUUGAAUGAAGCCUCAGUGCAAGUGACUGCUUACAAUGGCGAGUAUGAGAAUUCAAAUUCAAAUUAAGCUGUGUGUCUGAAUUAACAUUUUCAAAUAAUUUUCUUACCUGUGCAGCUGGCCAACUUUGUUCACUGAACAG